AUGGGUUCUAGAUGUGAGAGAAAGAGAAUGAAUGUAGAAGGAGAUAGACUAAGCAGCUUGCCCGAUGAUAUUAUCCAUAGAAUCUUGUCUUUUGUUAGCACCAAACAUGUUGUUGAAACCAGUGUUUUGUCAUCUAGAUGGAGGUAUAUUUGGACUUCAAUGCCCAGUCUCAAUUUCUCAACUAAAGAUUUUCAUACGGUGCCCAAGUUCUCCGAAUUUGUUAAACAUGUUCUGUCGGGACGAAAUAAUCAAAUGGAAGUGUUUUCUAUCGAGCUCACUUUUCAUGGAAAGGUUAGCCUCAAAAGAAUUCUGAACUAUAUUCUGAACUAUACGUUAUCCCACAAUGUCCAAAAACUGAGUGUGACUUGCUUGCUUGGAAAGAUUGAAGUCCCUCUUUCUCUCUUUAGUUCUCCGUCUCUAAAACAUCUCACUCUCAGCGGGUUUACUUUCGAAAUUUCCGUCACAACCCUAUCUACUUGGGAGCUGCCAACUUUAGCAACACUGAAUCUCCAUUUUGUCACAUUCUAUGAGGAAAAUAGUCAAAAUACUGACAAGUGUGUUGGUCUUUUCUCCAACUUUGCAAACUUGAAGAAUCUCACCUUAGAUAAUUGCAGAAUGAUCGGUGCAUUGGACCGUUUCAAUAUAUGCCAUCCUGGACUAUGUAGUCUUACACUUGAACAUGUUUGCGGGGGUGGUAAUGUGGUUACGCCUCAACUUAAGAAUCUUACUGUAAAUCAUUGGCGAGGGAAACAUCUGAUCUCCGCACCCAACCUUUCCUCGUUGCAUUACAAAGAUUGUUACUAUAAACGUUACAAUUUUUACGAUGAUGGUUACUCUUCUUUGAAGCUUUCUACCGACCUUCUUCAUUUGGAGAAGGCGGAUAUUUGUGUUAAAUAUUCCAAGGAAGAUAAGGCAAGUGCUCAUGAAAUUGUUCGCCUGCUUCAACAAAUGCGUAGUGUCAAAUUUCUUACACUUAACUUGGAACUUGUUCGGCUUCUUUGUGUAUAUGUGGAAGUAAUUUCACAUGAACCUUCUCCAUUUGCUAACUUAACGAGUUUAAAAAUUUAUCCAAGUUUUGUUAAUCUGGAAGAUCAAACACAACGAAAAGUAUUUGUGUCUACUGAAGUCAAAAGGUUUUUGCUAGAUAGUUCUCAGCGUGCCACUUUCACAUUGGUUUCACAUGAGGAGAUUAAAGCUAUGAAGAAUGUUGCAUCAGCACAAAACCUUAUGAGAGAAUUGGAGGUCCUCCUAGAUCAGUGGAAAGAAGAUAGUGAAGCAAACACAGCUCAUAUGGAGAGCCACAUGGCAACAGUGCAUGAGCAAGUCGAAGUUGAUGACCAAAUAGACAUGAAAACAAAAUGGCGUUUUAGGGAAAGGAUGACACACAUAGAAAGCUACUGGGAAUGUCUGAACAAGCAGGUGCAGAGGGGGAAUAAAAAAGUUUUAUUGUUGCAGAAGAUUGAAGGAGUACUCACAAAGUUGCCUGCAUCUCAUCGGGAUAAGUUGCAACCAAGGUUUUCUGGUUUGUGUGGAGAGGCUGAGACAAUCAUGGAUGGUGUGAUGGAUCGUAUGAAGAUCCUAUUUGAUAAGAGGCCGAGCCAUUCAAAUAUCUACUUUCAUGAACCUGUAGCAUCACGGUCGCUUGCUUUACAAAUUGUAAGUUCUUGA